UCUAAAUUCCGCCCCUUUUCCCGUGUCCAUUCAACCCUCAUUCAAAACAGAACACAGCUGUUGCAGAGCACACCGCUUUUGGCUUUGUAGGAGCCUCUGAAAUUUGCCGGGGUCGAGUUUCCCUACCCGAAAAGAGGAAUUUGGCACCCAUUUCUGUGUGAUUGCAGUGUGAGGAGGACACAGACAGAUAAACACAUCCACUCUCUGAGCCGUAAAGAAGAGGCAGCCAUACCUCAGCUCUCAAGCACAAUGCCCAUCUGACACACAGCUAAGUGCACACACUGAGGAUGAGUAGUGCUGUCCUGCACUGACAGACAAAUGGUGUGGGAAUGAUGGACCUCCCCAAUGGCCAAUCAAGCGUCACCACCGCUGCUGCCACUGCCUCGGAGAAGAGCAGCAGCUCAGAGUCUCUCAGUGAGAAGGGUUCUGAGCUGAAGAAGAGUUUUGAUGCUGUCGUCUUCGAUGUCCUGAAGGUUACCCCUGAGGAGUAUGCAGGUCAGAUCACUCUCAUGGAUGCUCCGGUGUUCAAAGCCAUUCAGCCUGAGGAGCUGUCAAGUUGUGGCUGGAACAAGAAGGAGAAGCACAGCUCUGCCCCUAAUGCUGUGGCCUUCACCCGCAGGUUCAACCAGACAACUUUCUGGGUGGUGAGGGAGAUCCUUCAUGCUCAGACCCUGAAGAUCAGAGCUGAGGUACUCAGUCUGUACAUCCGAACUGCCAAGAAACUGUGUGACAUAAACAAUCUGCAUGCAGUGAUGGCUGUGGUGUCGGGCCUACAAAGCGCUCCUAUCUAUAGACUCUCCAAGACGUGGGCGUUGUUGAGUCGGAAGGACAAAGCAACGUUUGAGAGGUUGGAGUAUCUCAUGGCCAAAGAAGACAACUACAAGCGCCUGAGAGACUACAUACGCAGCCAGAGCAUGAACUCCUGCAUACCAUACCUGGGUAUGUAUCUGUCUGACCUYACGUAUAUAGACUCAGCGUAUCCCUCUACUGGCAGCAUCCUGGAGAAUGAACAGAGAUCCAACCUCAUGAACAACAUCCUGAGGAUAAUAUCUGACUUGCAACGCUCCUGCACCUACGAUAUACAAGUGUUGCCUCAUGUCCAGAAGUAUCUCAACUCAGUCAUGUACAUCGAGGAGCUACAGAAGUUUGUGGAGGAUGACAACUACAAGUUGUCGUUGAAGAUGGAGCCAGGCUCCAGCACACCCCGCUCCACUGCCUCUAGAGAGGACCUUAUAGGUUCGGAUGUGUCUGCGUCUCCUCUGUGUGGCCGUAAGGGCCCCAUUGCAGACGGAACCAAAGUCCCUCCCACGCCCCCCUCCCCCCGGAACCUCCUCCCCUACGGACACAGGAAGUGUCACAGCCUGGGCUACAAUUUUAUUCAUAAGAUGAAUACGGUAGAGUUUAAGAGCGCUACAUUCCCCAAUGCUGGUUCUCGUCAUCUAUUGGACGACAGCGUCAUGGAGAGCCACACCCCUACGAGAGGACAGGCCGAGAGCUCAACGCUCUCCAGCGGCAUCUCACUGGGGAGCAGUGAGGGUUCAGAACUCAGUGAAGAGAUGUCCUGGCCAGCCUUUGAGAGGACUCGGUUCUAUCACUCUCUGGGGCCUGUGACCCGCGUGGCCAGAAUCCCCUACAGAGGAGGCCUGAGGCCCAGCAGCUCUGCUGAGUCUGAGGAGUUAGCAGUGCACCUGUACCCUGGAGCCGUCACCGUGCAGGGGGUCCUACGACGCAAGACUGUCUUCAAGGAGGGCAAGAAACCCACCUUCAAGUCGUCUAGCAGUAAGAGUGUGUGUGUCGUGGGGUUAAUGGCCAUCAUGUCAGACGACCCUGAACAUCCCGACGUCUUCCUGCUCACAGACUCGGAACACGGUAACACCUAUAAAUACCAGGCAGGGAACAAAAUGAAUGCCCUUCUGUGGUURAAACACCUCAGUGCUGCCUGCCAGAGUAACAGACAACAGGUCCCAGCCAAUCUGAUGUCCUUUGAAUGAGUGCUGCUGUAGAGGACGGAGCGAUAGAGCUAAAAUAGAGGAAGAGGGCUAGUGACUCAGCACCAGGAGCUUUCACUGCCAUGACCCCAAAACUAUAACCCCAGACCCCAGCCCCACUGGAGCCCCACCUGCCACCACUGCCUUAACCUAAGGAGCCAUGUGUGUGUGUGUGUGUGUGUGUGUGUGUGUGUUGAAGCAGUGGUUAUUAUGGUUGCAUAGACUACUGAAUGAAGACCUAAACCACUUCUUCUCUCUCGUUCUCUGUUGUUUUUGCCUGUGGAACUAUGGGAUGUCUCUUCCUCUUUCUUGGAUGCUUCUUAAGGAUGGAUGGACAUGAUUUAUCCUUGUUUUCCCUCACUCCCUCUCUUCUUGACAUACUGUGCUCUGGUGGAAGACAGACUCUGCCCUUUCUAGGGCUGGACUCACACACGCACACAAUACUGGACUAACCCAAUGGAAUGGGAUUUCAAACACACUUUUCUUUAUCACACUUUGGUUCACAAACUCCCACACACACAAGACUCCGAUGGUGAUUUCACACUUGAGUUGAGCUCACAAAACUGACACUUUUGUACACACAUUCACUCCCCCCUUCUGAGAGUGUGUGAUUGGCCUGUGUGAUUGCAGCAUUGUGAACAUUAAGGGCUUUGAUUCUCAAAUCUAUUCCAGCAGAAACCACACACACGUGUCCUGAAUGUAUCCUACUGUUUUAUAUUCCAGAGCCUCUCCUCACCGUGUGUGUGGGUGGUGGUGGGGGGGUGCACACUAUAUAUGGUAAGUCACGGGAAUGAUAAACCCAGACUCUAAGCUUUCCUCAAUUCCACCUUUAUGGACCCAGUUAUAUCGCUCUUAUAAACAGGCUUUAUAUGUUCUCUCUGUCCACAUGUUAAAGCUUGAGAUUCACCAGAACACACAAUAACACUAAAGACUUGAAAGCUGUGAAAAAGUGAACGAUGGAAUGUUAACCCCAGAAAAAUAAUUUAUCUCCACUUCCUUUUUUUGUUAUUGCUUGAACAUAAGAGGGAGCUACAGGUUCUGACCUGAUCUGCUUUACACAUCGUGAGUGUGUUUUAUAUACACACACACACAGCUAUCGGGAGCCAUUCAGAAUCCAUAUUUUGUUGGUUAGUGUUUUCUGUUACCUUGGUGUUGUUGUGUUGGGGACGUAUGAGCAGUAUUACCCUGUAGAUGACUUGCACAUGUCUAGCUUAUUUUAAUUGUCUGUUACAUUUCAUUUCUGGCCUCUUCCCUUUUUUUUGGAACAUGUUGUACCUUUACUUGUUUUUGAUUUUUGUUUUUGUUUUCUCACCUAUGAGUUUGUCACAUAGGGUUACGGUACAGAUCUACUCUAUUGCUCUAUUGCCUAGUUCCAUGUCAUCCUCUAGACCCAUCGCCUGGUCACUACUCAUGGCAUCUUCAAUUAAAGCUAUGGAGAGGUGUAGAUGACUCCACCUCAUCCUCCAAUUGGCUGAGAGAAACUUCCACCAUAUUGCUUACACCUAUCCAGUCCUUUCAGAUCUGUGAACAGUUAAGGAGUACGAACUAGAGGGAGGGGCUAACAAUUUAAGUGGACCCAGCCAAAGUGUGUAUGGUUUGGGACUCAACCCUGAGUGUGUGCCAAUGUACCAGACACACAUUUUUAUUCUGAUUUGGGAGAAAGUGUUACAAUUAGAAAAAAUUAAAUUAAUACGUUCUUGAGAAAGGAUGGUGUGGUCACGUUCUCAUACUACUCUCAGAAAGGACUUAAACCACUAGCGAAAGCGUGAUCUUGCAUUCUCCUGACUGUUUCCAUCUCAACCUGACAGUCAGGUUAGGUUCUGACUUGUAACAAUGGUUUACAUCUCCCAUCUGUUCAUAUGUUUGUAUAUUUUGCAUGUCUAUUGUUUACAUAGAGGUCCAGCAAGUUAGCAUCACAUUCCUCACACCUCAAACUGACACUAUGUACUCUAGCAGCAAGAGACUCCAACUCCCAUGGGCCAGUGCGGCAACAGUUGUCUGUUAUGUCCUGUAGAGGCUAAGCUAAUGGGAGAAGGUCGAACUUAUCCAUAACCAUUGAUACAGGGUCAUAUGUAUUCACCCCCUAAUGGUUAAGGUUAAGAUUGGGGUUGGUGUAAUCUGAUCCGAGAUCUGUUGUUUAGGGCAACUUCUACAUAUUCCAUUUCAGGCUCAUUUCCGAUGUGCUCUGCUCCUCAGCUCCCAGCAGUUAUCCCACACACAGCUACAGCUCCAUUAAUAGCAAGACUCCAGCAGGGCUAUGUCAUACACAGACUAGGGGAUGAGGAAGCUAGAGAAAAAAAGGAAUGAGAGGGGUAGCGUUACAAAAGGACAAGAGAGGAAGGUAGUACAACAGUAUGAGUGUGUAAAAACUAUUUUUGUUUACCUGCUAGAAAGCAUUAGACAGACAGAGCCUCAUGGCUGCCAUUUCUUCACUGUUGAGCAGUGGGUAAAUCUGUAUAGAAUGUGGUAUAGCAUAUUCUGUGUGGAGUGUGAUUGAACAAGGAAGGAUAUAGUAGAAAUAGAGGGGUGAAUGGAACUGAUGCAACAGGAGCUGUACAGAGAAGCAGGCAGACUGAUGCUCCCCACAGAAGACCAGCAGAAAAAGUAGUCUUUCUCCCUUCUUUUUUUCCCCCUCUCACAGACCCCUCCUUCACAUCUCUCUCCCUUGGACAUAGAGGGCUUCAAUGCAGGCUGAAGAGAGCGGCAGAUUAAAUGGCAGACAGGAAUGCUCCCAUGUUACAGUGUAGUGUCAAACAGUGCUGAAGUGAGGGAUGUGGAUGCCUAUAGGGAAAGGUUUAGGAGUGUGAGUUUUUACAAUCUGUUAUGGUGGGCUUUUUGUUUCUGAGAAAUGUCAAAAUGGUUUGUUUGUUUUUUGAGGUUUCCCUAUUGUAACCAGAGUUUCCACAGUUUGUGUCCAUGUACAAAUACACAACCAGCUGUGUAUUAUUUACUGUCUAGAGUAAAGUUUAUUUUUGGAUUUGUCUGCAGUGUUAAAAAAAAAAAAUACUGAGAAAUCCUUUAACAGAUAAGAUGAGAUGACUCGGUAAUGUGUGGUGGUGUUAUGUGUGCUGUAGGGAUGGAGAAGUUGCCCGCAGCUCAAGGGUCAACUUAAUUCCCUUUAAAUCCAAACUUUAACCAUUAGGGGAAAAUGUAAAACUGACCUUAGAUCAGUUUCUAGAAGAGACAUCUACCUACUCUAUAUGGCUCAGUUUGAGAGUGAUGUUUAUGAUGUGUUGACGACGUCACUUAGCUUUGUCCAUGUCCCAUGACCUGUGGGGUGUGUCCAUGUGCUAUCCCUCUACCUCCUGUACUCCGACCCCAAGUGAGGACCCACCCAUGUUACGUGACCUGGGUUUGAACUAUGACCUCUGAAUUGAGUGAUGUGACCUGAGUUUCAGCCAGAUAACCAAUAAACACACUGCCCUUUUUAUACUCUGCCCCUCGGUUCACUUUCAUUUAUAUUAACAUGGUUUCAGCUACAUGUGGUGUAUGUGUGCCGGGCCAGGAGUUUCUACUUACCACAACCUGUUAAAUGUCCUGGACAGGGCAUGUGGUUAGGAAAAAUGUGUAUGUGCUUAACCUAGUGUUAAUACACUUUAGGUGUGGAUUGAUCUGUAAUCUUUCCUACUGAAAUAAAACCUACUUGAAUUGAA